UUGCGUCGCAUGAUCCUCGACCGUGGCGUAAACAUGAUUUGCAAACUUCAGCAUUUGCAGAAGCGCGAGUGGAGGCCACGUGUAGUCGAAAAGUCAUUGGCUGGUUCAAGCGCGAGUCCCGUUAGGUUGUUCGAUUGACGCGUGGUCGCCGCCGCAGCUGCAGCCGCUAUUUGCAGGUCAACGACGCCGUUAGGUUUUUGGUUAUCUGCUGUUUUGAGUUUUUGUCGUUUGUGAGUUUCGUUUUUUCACUGGGGGUACGAACGAUGGAGGGAGCAAAGAGAGAUUCAUCCGGAGGCAUGUUCGAGACCAGUGUUCAACCACAGGACACCCGCGAGAUGGACGAAAACCUUCAAGAACGUAAAAAUGUCUUUUCGGAAGGCGCGCCAGAGGAGGCAUCCGAUCAAGUGAUGGCGCCACCUGUAAGGAGCAGACGCCGGAGUACGGUCCUUGGCCCGGAGAACGCUGGUCUCUACCUUGAGUUCGACGACGCGCAGAAGAAGUGGAUCGGCCAAUGGCAUUCUGGGGUACUAGAAGACGCUGUCGCUUUCAUGCGCCCAACAGUGAAGGUUCCACAGUUUAAAUACACGCAGGCGGAAAAGGUCGUUUUGAAAAGCGGGAAGGUUCCGAUGAGAGAUGAACGGAAAGAUUUUUUAGAGGGUCUCUGCUUGUUUGUCAAGCUGGCGAAAGAAUAUAGAGGCGACAUCUUGAUUAUUUCGAAAGCUGAUCUGGAUGAAAGAGAUGUCAUGCUACUGGGUUUGACCGACGGCCAGGAGAUAAGAAGUUACAACACCGAGGAUGUUUUCUGUUCGGCGAAAGAUCUGGUGGCUGUGGCAGUUGUGCCAACUUCGUCGAUAUCUUUCAAGGCAAAAACUAUGGAUGUGCCCAUUUUUGUUGGAAUUGCUGAGCGAGAGGGAGGUUUUGCAGUCAGCUUUGCAAAUCGUUAGACCCAAAUCUAACUCUGAUGAGUUUUGUACACAGCAGUUUCCAUUCUGGCCUUCCGUAACUCCAGAGACGGGAUGGGCCUACCCGUUAGACGUGGAGAAAUAAGAGUGUUAUUCUGUAACUUUUUGCGCCGACGUACCGUCAAGUUUCUGAGCCUCUAUGCGCAUUCCUUUGUUCUCGAUGUUGCGGAGCUGCGACUUCGCAGCAGAUUCGCUUUUAAGCAGCGUCCCUGUACUAACUUCGCUUGCCACACAACGUGGUUAACGUUUUGCAGCAGUAACUGUCCUUCUGGAGUUCAUGCCAGCUACCUGCUACGGGUAUCUUACGUGUGCUGGAAUUACUACGCGCUUG